AUGCAGCGCGGCGCGCCGGCCCUCCUGCGGACAUGCUCGCCACCUUUCCGACUUCCCCCGCCUUCCUACGUCCGCCUCGCUUCUCGCUCGGGGACUUACAGCAGUCCAGUGCUCAGGCAUUACGCGACUGCACCUGCCGGGACGCCUCCAACAUUCCUGCGUAGGACCCGGACGGCCGCUCGCUACACCUUCUAUCUCAUCGGUUCAACUAUCCUCGGCUGUGGGUUGAUUACGGGUGCCAUCUUCGUCCACGACGCGUUCACCUACCAAGACCGUCAUGUCGGGAAUGUCCCCGUCGCGCCCCGUGCGCUCCAGCCAGAACGUGGCGGCCCCAAGAAUCUUCCGGUGCUCUCUACCCUUCUAAGCGAUUGGGAGGACGAGGAGCAGCGCAGUCUCUCCAAGAAACCCCACCUGGUCAUUGUCGGAGGAGGCUGGGGCGCUGUUGGCGUCCUUGACAAACUCGACCCCGGCGACUACCACAUCACCAUCAUAUCCCCUGAAACCUACACCACCUUCACGCCUCUGCUUCCCUCUGCUGCGGUUGGAACCGUCUCUGUCCGCUCGCUGAUCGAGCCCCUCCGCAAGAUUGCAGCUCGACUACGAGGGCACCUCAUCAAUGCGCGUGCAGUGGACCUCGUCAUGUCUGAAAGGCUAUUGGAGGUGGAGACCAUCGUGCCAGGCCAGGAGAAGGGCGAGCACAUGUACAUCCCCUACGACAAGCUCGUCAUUGCAGUGGGAUCCACUUCGAGCACGCACGGUGUUCCAGGCCUGGAACAUUGUUUCCAGCUGAAGACCAUCGGUGACGCUCAGGCAAUACGGAAACGUAUCAUCGAUAACUUCGAGGCUGCUUCAUUGCCGACAACAACUCCCGAGGAGCGCAAACGACUUCUCAGCUUCGUGGUUUGUGGCGGAGGGCCCACAGGCGUCGAGACUGCGGCGGAGAUCUAUGAUUUGUGUCAGGAGGACUUAUUCAACUACUUUCCCAAAAUCUGCCGUGAGGAAGUAUCUAUCCAUGUCGUCCAGAGCAGGGAACACAUCCUGAACACCUACUCGGAAGCCAUCUCCAAGUAUGCUGAGCAGAAAUUCAUGCACGAUCAAAUUGACUUGAUUACAAUGGCACGGGUGGCAUCCGUCGCACCCGACAAGGUCACUUAUACCAAGCGGACCGAGGACGGCAAGACGGAGUCGUUUGAGAUCCCCACCAACUUUGUGCUAUGGAGCACAGGUAUCGCGAUGAACCCGUUCACGAAGCGUGUGUCAGAUCAGCUCCCGAACCAGGUUCACAAGAAGGCCAUCGAGGUCGACUCGCAUCUGCGCGUCAAGGGCGCACCACUCGGAGACGUUUACGCGAUUGGGGAUGCUAGCACCAUCGAAACUUCAAUAGUGGCACAUCUACUAGAGCUUGUUGACGAAGCCGACAAGAACAACGACGGGAAGAUUGACUUCGAUGAGUGGGAGAUCAUAGUUGGGCGGAUCAAGAAGCGCAUGCCUAUGGCUGAAGACCAGCUUCUGAGAGUUCGCGAGCUCUUUGAGCUGUACGACUCGGACGGCGACAACUCCCUCACACUGAACGAGCUCGCCGUGCUCCUCCAAGAGCUCGGGAGCAAGAUCACCUCCCUUCCCGCGACCGCGCAAGUGGCCUCGCAACAGGGCAAAUACCUGGGCAAGAAGUUCUCGAAGCUCUCCAAGAAGCAGCCGACGCUCGAGGCGAACGGCCUGCACCCCGCCGACUUCGACGACGCGAUCGCGCAGCCGUUCCGGUACACGCACCUCGGCUCGCUCGCGUACAUCGGGAACGCGGCCGUGUUCGACCUCGGCAGGUACAGCUUCAUGGGCGGCCUCGCGGCGAUGUACGCCUGGCGGAGCGUGUACUGGAGCGAGCAGGUCAGCAUGCGCACCCGCGCGCUGCUCAUGAUCGACUGGGUCGUCAGGGGUAUCUGGGGUCGCGACUUGUCGCGCUUGUAG